GAAGCGGCGGCAGGAGGAGGCGGGCUGAGGGUGCACGGCACCGGGGAGGAGGAUGGCGCUGGGGAUGGCGGCGGCGCUCUAGCAGGAGGCGGCGCGGACACGCGUGGAUGUGGUCUCCGGCCCCCGAGCGAUCCGGCCCCGAGAUCUAACAAUACAAUGUCAACUGGAAGGGUACGAACGAAAAAAAAGGCAUGUUCUUCAGAUCAGUCUCCAGACAAUCUUCCUGUGAGGAGUUCUGGAAGACAGGUGAAGAAAAAAGCGGCUGAAGCAGCAGCAGAUGAUGAUGAUGAAGCAUCAGAGAAGAAAUAUAGGAAGUGUGAAAAAGCUGGAUGCACUGCAACAUGUCCUGUUUGCUUUGCCAGUGCGGCUGAAAGAUGUGCUAAAAAUGGGUAUACAUCUAGAUGGUAUCAUCUUUCCUGUGGGGAACACUUCUGCAAUGAAUGUUUUGACCACUAUUACCGAAGCCAUAAAGAUGGUUAUGAGAAAUACACUGCCUGGAAAAGGAUUUGGACAAGUAAUGGUAAAAGUGAGCCCAGUCCAAAAGCCUUUAUGGCUGAUCAACAGCUUCCUUACUGGGUGCAGUGCACAAAGCCAGACUGUGGUAAAUGGCGUCAGCUGACAAAGGAAAUCCAGCUGACACCACAAAUAGCAAAAACAUACAGAUGUGGUAUGAAACUGAACAAUUCCACCAAGACUGAGGGCUCAGACCAAUGUUCCAUGCCUGAGGACUUGAGAGUGGCUGAAGUUUCAGACCAUUGGUGGUACUCCAUGCUCAUACUCCCUCCUUUGCUGAAAGACAGUGUGGCAGCUCCCUUUCUAGCUGCAUAUUAUCCAGACUGCGUGGGCAUGAGUCCAUCCUGUACCAGCACUAAUCGGUUACCUGGUGAAUCCAACCUUGUGAAGUUAGAGCACUUAAAGAGCGUGCCUAAUUUGACUGUUGCAGGCAUGAACAAGUAUUUCCAGCCUUUUUACCAACCCAAUGAAUGUGGGAAAGCACUUUGUGUGAGGCCGGAUGUCAUGGAACUGGAUGAGCUCUAUGAGUUCCCAGAAUACUCACGAGACCCUACCAUGUACUUGGCGCUGAGAAACUUGAUUUUGGCUCUGUGGUACACAAACUGCAAGGAGGCUCUUACCCCUCAAAAAUGUAUCCAUCAUAUCAUUGUUCGGGGGCUUGUGCGUAUUCGCUGUGUACAGGAAAUGGAGAGAAUACUUUAUUUUAUGACAAGGAAAGGGCUAAUCAAUACAGGGCUUUUGUCAGUCGGUCCUGACCAGUACCUUCUUCCUAAGGAAUACCACAGCAAAUCUGUUAUUAUUGUUGGGGCUGGUGCAGCAGGAUUAGCAGCAGCCCGACAACUGCACAACUUUGGAAUUAAGGUCAUUAUCUUAGAAGCUAAAGACAGAAUUGGUGGCCGAGUGUGGGAUGAUAAGACAUUCACAGGAGUCACUGUUGGAAGAGGUGCACAAAUCGUCAAUGGAUGUGUCAACAACCCAGUGGCACUAAUGUGUGAGCAACUUGGCAUUAAAAUGCACAAACUAGGGGAGAAAUGUGACUUGAUCCAGGAAGGCGGAAGGAUAACAGAUCCCACUAUUGAUAAACGUAUGGACUUUCAUUUCAAUGCCAUCCUAGAUGUCGUCUCUGAGUGGAGAAAAGAUAAAACCCAACAUCAAGAUGUUCCUCUUGGUGAAAAAAUACAAGAAAUCUAUAAAGCCUUUAUUCAGGAGUCUGGUAUCCAGUUCAGUGAGCUGGAAGAAAAAGUAUUACAGUUCCAUCUCAGUAAUUUGGAGUAUGCCUGUGGCAGCAAUCUCUCUCAGGUAUCUGCACGCUCAUGGGACCACAAUGAAUUUUUUGCCCAAUUUGCUGGAGAUCACACUCUUCUAACUGUGGGAUAUUCAACUGUGAUUGAGAAGUUGGCAGAAGGGCUGGACAUCCGGCUGAAUUUCCCAGUACAGAGCAUUGACUAUUCUGGUGAAGAAGUGCAUGUCACUACUGCAGAUGGAACACUGUGGACAACACAAAAGGUAUUAGUGACUGUACCACUGGCCCUUCUUCAGAAAAAUGCCAUUCAGUUUAAUCCUCCACUGUCAGAAAAAAAAAUUAAAGCCAUUAAUAGUUUGGGAGCAGGAGUCAUUGAGAAGAUUGCCUUGCAGUUUCCUUACAGAUUUUGGGACAGUAAAAUUCAAGGAGCUGAUUUUUUUGGUCAUGUUCCACCCAAUUCUAGCCAACGUGGGCUCUUUAGUGUUUUCUAUGACAUGGAUCCAGAGGGCAAAGAAAGCAUUUUAAUGUCAGUGGUCACUGGAGAUGCUGUGGUAACCAUUAAGAAUUUAGAUGAUCAACAAGUACUGCAACAGUGUAUGACUGUACUCAGAGAGCUGUUUAAGGAGCAGGAGGUUCCUGACCCAGUGAAGUUUUUUGUUACUCGAUGGAGCAACGACCCUUGGCUCCAGAUGGCAUACAGCUUUGUGAAAACAGGGGGCAGCGGGGAAGCUUAUGACAUUAUAGCUGAAGACAUACAAGGAAAAAUUUUUUUUGCUGGUGAGGCCACGAAUAGGCACUUUCCUCAGACAGUUACAGGAGCUUACUUGAGUGGGGUUCGAGAAGCAAGCAAAAUAGCAGCAUUUUAAGUACUGAAAUUUUGUGUUUAUAGAUAUAUUUUUAAUUGUUUUCUGUGGGUAAAAUUAUCUUCAAGUUUCCUAUUGCUGCCUUUUUCCUACGUGGUACUUGAAAUAGUAUAUGGUACCUGAAGAUAAAAUCUUCAUCUUCUCCUCUUUCUCCUCCCACCCCAUUUUUAAGCCCUGAUGAUACAUAUUGUUGGAGGCUUUUUUCCAGCUAUGGUAUUACUAGCAGGAGUGACAUUGGAAUCCCUGACCACAGCUUAAGUAAGAGGACUUUUGUCGAGAGUCUUCUUCUGUAUGGCUCAAGUCAUGUUAUUGUGAACCUUCAUUUCAGAAGGUCAAAUUAAAACAAGACUAAGUUACAUACAGCAUUAAAAAUGCUGGCAGUUAGUUAUGAUGAUGGGAAUUUUCCACUAACUGUGCUUCUCAGGUUGAUUAUGCUCAUAGGAGUUCAUAUUGGCGUCCAAGAGCCUGAAUAGCCUAGAAAAAUUCUAGAAUUAUUGUAGGAAGGAACUCAAUGAUCAGUUUUCCCACUUGCAAUCAAUAAACUUUUCUAUAAUAUUUUUUCAUAUUCUUAGUUUCACUGAGUGGGCUUUGGAAUAUGAAGUUUGUUCCUUUAAUAAAUGAGCUGGAACAGUUUACAGUGCAAUCAUAGAAAGGUUAUUGUAGCUAAAUAAAACUUGAAAAAUUAACUUUUACAUUACUUUUAAAAACUUUGAAAUAUUCUCUGCUACUUAUUCAGAGGAAUUCUUGUUACAGUAAUAGGCUAGUAGUUUAGAUUUGCUCAUUGCUUCUUUGUCAUGUAGAAACAUUGUAUUUCUAUGAUUAUUUUGAAAACAAACUUCCAAAUUCAUUUGGGCUGAGUAGAGGAAGGAUCUACUGAUUUGAGUGUACAGUGGGGGGGGAAGGACUAAACUCAUUCAACUUUUAUAUUAAAAAAUAAGUGAAGAUGAAUGAGGAAAAAUAUUAACACGUUUAUGAAGGGCUGAAAGAUGGUGGCUUGCACUUUGACUUGAAGUUUUUUUUUUUCUUAUAUUAUUAGAAUAUUAUUAAAAAACCAUGAGGGACUAAUUCAGUAAAGGUUAAACAUCUAUCUAGUAGCUUUUCCAUGGGACAGGGAAGAAAAUACUUUUAACAGAAAUAAGACAGAUACAACAGAGAUCCUGAUUAUAAUACUGCUCCAGUAAAACAGUAUUAAUGAAAAAAAAUUAAAAUCUACUUCUAGAUCUCUUCCCUCAUACCUUCCCUAUAAAUUCACUGUUAUACAGACCUCAGACCUCAUGAUUUCUGAAAUGAACAUAAGCACUUAUACUAUUCACCCUCAUUCUCCUGCAUAGGCUUUUGUCUUUUGUCUUUUUUUAAUCCCUUCAUUUAGAAAUGACACAGCAAUUUUUAUUUUUUUUUUGAGUUCCAGUGCUUAUUUCCAUAAAGCUGUAUCCUUGGAAAAAAACAGGCAACCUUAACAAUAGGACAAGGGGACAUGGGCUCAAGCUCUGCCAGGGGAGGUUUAUGUUAGAUGUUAGGAAGAAAUUCUUUACAGAGAGGGUAAUCAGGCAUUGGAACGGCCUACCCAGAGAGGUGGUGCAUUCACCAUCCCUGGAGGUUUUUAAAGAGAGAUUGGACGUGGCCCUUAGUGCCAUGAUAUAGGAAUUGGAGUUGGAUCAGGGGUUGGACUUGGUGAUCUUGGAGGUCUUUUCCAACCCAAUCUAUUCUAUGAUUCUAUGAUUAAAAAUCAUAGAAUCCUAGAAUGUUAAAGGAGUUGGAAUAGACCUUAAAGAUCAUCUAGUCCCAACCCACCCUGCCAUGGGCAGGUUGCUCUGACAUGACCAGGUUGCUCAAGGCCUUACCCAACCUGGCUUUGAUCACCACCAGGGUUCUACUGAAUAAAUGCAAUUCUUCUUUUCAAAUACAUAAUGUUUUGUUUUAGAGUAGCUAUGAUAUUGUUAAAACCCCUUUAUUUAAUCUCUAAUUUACAAGGUGAAGAUGUUUAUAUAACUAGAUGUUUUUCAGAUAUAUAUUCUGUUCUGCUUCUUAAAGCUGGGUUAUAUGAAUUACUAGGAAAAGUGAAUUUUUUCAUAAUUUUCCUCUACAUAAAUGCUAGUAUGUACAGUUUUAAAGCAUUUCCAAGCAUUAAAUUGUAAUUUAAAGGCUAUAAGAAGCAAGACAAAGCCCUCUGAUGAUAAAAGAUAAUCAGACAUCAAAUUUUUCCUUUGGUAGUCAUUUGCACUUUGUUAGUUUCAUAUAUUACGGGCCACCUUAUGGCAUAACUAGGAAAGAUUGAGAGCUAUGUAUGUUUUGAGUAUCAAGUUUCUUUCCCUCUUUACCAUAUAUGAGAAAUUAUUAGCAGAGAAGCUUCUGGUGGUGGGAAAAAACUUAUUACUACAAGCCCAAAACAUUAUAUUCCAUGGCUGCUUCAGCUGACCUUGUUCAAAACUUCAGCUUAUUAACAUAUAAACAUGUCACAUUUCAGGUAGGAAUGGUCUUAAAAGUUUAGCUCAGCAUCCUUUUCCGCAGUCCAAAGUUUGUGUGAAUGUGCUUAAUGUCAUCCUGUUAAUUCGUAUUUGGGGUUUUCAAUCUACCAGCAACUUUGCAGGUAGAUAAAUGCUAUAUCCUAGAGAAGAGAGAUGGACAUGGACAUGAACAUGAACAAAUACUGUCAUAUUUGGCUUUAGAUGAUGCACACUUACAGCAUUACAAAAACAGAUAACAAAUGAUAAAUUUAAUCAAUGGCCUAGUUUAUAAAUUAUUUGUAUAUUAUUUUGGUGCCAGGGCACUUAAACUGUGUUGUGCCGCACUUAAUUUUGAGGAGUAAAUAAAAUAUGUUCCAUUUUAAUUUACAUUCACUUGAAAUAUAUAAGAACAUCAGGCUGGUUCUGAGACUUCAUUCUUUAAUGUUGCCCAAAAUUUUUUUUCAUAUCUAUGUUAAAAUUUAUUUCAAGCAUGUAUGUGUUUUGUGUUUAAUUUAUUCCCUCAAAUAAAGAACUGGGGAAUGUUUUCUUUGAGUAGAUUUGUUUAAAUGUUAUUAAAAAAAAAAAGAUUUGAAUGCAGAGCAUGAUCUGUUACAAUUCUUCUGUGUGACUAUGUUAUGGCAGCAGAAUAAAACUGGAAAGUAUUCACAGGA